AUGGCGCAGAGUGACACCAACGACUCCAUCGCUUUGGAAACAGUAAAAUCGAGAAAUGACGCCGUAGAGGGCCGAGGCGAGAGUCUCGAGAAUACUCACAACGGCCAUGAAGAAGAUACAGUACCAGACCUGCCUCCGAUAGAUCGAGGCCGUGCGGCAUGGAGAAUGCUCUUCUCUGCGUUUAUCUUCGAGGCUUUACUCUGGGGUUUUCCUCUAUCCUUUGGUGUUUUCCAAAACUAUUACUCCCGCCUCCCACAAUAUGCGAACCAACCUUACGUCUCGGUCGUUGGGACAGUCGCCUCAGGGAUAUCCUACAUGGGCGCACCGUUGAUCAUCCCGUUGCUGAAACGUCUGGGGCGGUAUCGAACCUCGAUUAUCUGGGUUGGAUGGUCAAUGUGCAUCGUCGGCGUCCUCGCUAGCUCGUUUGCAAGAAACCUCCCCACCAUCAUCUUCACCCAGGGUGUUAUGUACGGCGUCGGCUUCACGCUCUUCUACUACCCAAUCCUCGGCAUGGUGAACGAGCUCUGGGUCGCGCGCCGCGGCAUGGCGUACGGCAUCUUGUGCGCGUCGUCGGGACUCUCGGGCGUCGUUAUGCCCGUCACCCCCGAGGCUCUCUUGGAGAAAUUCGGCCUGUCGACGACGUUGCGGUCCGUGGCGAUCGGGAUAGCCAUUCUCACGGGUCCUUUAAUCCCUUUCCUCAAGGGACGAACGACUAUUUCUCCUCAACAACAGCGACAACCCACUACCGCCCCCACCCCCACCCCAACACCACACACAGACUGGAGUUUUCUCCAUGUGCCUUUGUUCUGGAUAUACACUCUCUCCAACCUGAUGCAGGGGUUAGGCUACUUCUUCCCGUCGCUGUACCUCCCGUCGUACGCGGCGACGACCAUGGGAAUGGGCUCGCGGCGCGGCGCACUGCUCCUGUCCGUGAUGAGCGUGGCGCAGGUACUGGGCCAGUUCAGCUUCGGCUACCUCUCCGACCGACGCUUCAGCGUCAACACCCUUGCAGUCACGUCGACGCUGGUCUCGGCCACGGCCGUGUUGACGCUGUGGGGCCUCGCGCGCAGCUUUGGCCUGCUGUGCCUGUUUGCCGUUCUGUACGGCUUCUUCGGAGCAGGGUACACGGCCGUGUGGGCGAGGAUGGGCACCAACGUCACACGCGACACGACCGCCGCGUUUGCCGCGUUUGGGCUGUUCAAUUUUGGGAAGGGCCUGGGAAACGUGUUUGCCGGUCCUAUUGGAGCGAAUCUCUUGAUUGACGACUUUUCCUCCUCAACAACUGCUCAUUCCGCUGACUACGGUGCCACAAAGUACAAGGCCGUCGUGCUCUUUACCGGGUCGUGUAUGCUCGCUAGUGGCGCGAGUGCUUUGACUGCGUAUUUGAAGCCGUGGAAAGCUCCUGCGGUGCGUGAUUGA